AGCCCUAGUGCGCAUGCUCCGCGGGGCCACGGUUCUCCGACCGGCUGUGGUAGUGUCAGCUCCUGUGAAGGAAGUUUCCGCUUUGCACCCCACCCGGAUCACAGUUCGGUUGUAGGGCCGGCUCCCUCCGGCUCCACAUCAGCGCAUCCGGAUCAUGGGGUUACCCAAGGGGCCGGAGGGCCAGGGGCUCCCGGAGGUGGAAACGAGAGAAGAUGAAGAACAGAAUGUAAAGCUGGCUGAGAUCCUGGAGCUCUUGGUUGCCGCUGGCUAUUUCAGAGCAAGAAUUAAAGGCUUGUCUCCUUUUGACAAGGUGGUAGGAGGAAUGACGUGGUGUAUCACCACUUGCAGCUUUGACGUGGAUGUGGAUUUGCUUUUUCAGGAAAACUCUACAAUCGGUCAGAAAAUAGCUCUAUCGGAAAAGAUUGUCUCCGUCCUCCCGAGGAUGAAGUGUCCCCACCAGCUGGAGCCCCACCAGAUCCAGGGCAUGGAUUUUAUCCACAUAUUCCCUGUCGUGCAGUGGCUGGUGAAGCGAGCUAUAGAAAGCAAGGAAGAGAUGGGCGACUACAUCCGCUCCUACUCCAUAUCCCAGUUCCAGAAGACCUACAGCCUCCCGGAGGAUGAUGACUUCAUUAAGAGAAAAGACAAGGCCAUCCAGACGGUCGUUGACCUCUCGGAUGCCUACAAGCCCCGGCGGAAGUAUAGGCGGCAGCAGGGAGCAGAGGAGCUGCCUGACGAGGAGUCCCGCGUCCGCUCCACGCUUUUGGAAUACGGCAGGAGAUACGGAUUUAGUCGCCAGAGCAAAACGGAGAAGGCCGAGGACAAGAAAACAGCGCUUGCUGCGGGGCUGUCAGCCGCAGAGAAAACGGAUGCUCAGGAGGAAGAUGAGCUUCAGGCAGCUGAAGAGCAACGAAUUCAGUCACUGAUGACCAAGAUGACCGCCAUGGCAAGCGAGGAGAGCCGUCUCACCGCAAGCUCCGUGGGCCAGAUUGUGGGUCUCUGCUCUGCUGAGAUCAAGCAGAUUGUGUCUGAGUACGCAGAGAAGCAGUCCGAGCUGUCUGCUGAAGAAAGCCCAGAAAAAUUAGGGACUUCGCAACUGCAUCAGCGGAAAGUCAUUUCCUUGAAUAAACAGAUCCUGCAGAAGACCAAGCAUCUAGAAGAGCUGCAAGCGAAUCAUGCCAGCCUCCAGGCCAAGUACAGCGACAGGAAGAAGACCCUGACAGAGCUGAAGGAUCAUGGUGAGAAACUAGACAAAGAGCAGGCAGCCCUGGAGAAAUUAGAAGCCAAAGCUGACCCGAGCAUUCUACAGAGCUUGAGAGCACUCGUAGCCAUGAAUGAAAGUCUGAAAAGCCAGGAGCAGGAGUUUAAAGCGCACUGCCGGGAGGAGAUGGCUCGGCUACAACAGGACAUUGAGACCCUAAAAGCUGAGAGAGCGCCGGACGAGAAGACCAUCUCCAGUGGAGAGCCACAGGGUGCCCUGACCUCCACGAUGACUCACAAUGAGGACCUGGACAGGCGGUACAACAUGGAAAAAGAGAAGCUGUACAAGAUCCGGUUACUACAGGCGCGAAGAAAUCGAGAAAUAGCGAUUUUGCAUCGCAAGAUUGACGAAGUGCCCAGUCGAGCAGAGCUGAUACAGUAUCAGAAGCGAUUUAUUGAACUCUACCGUCAGAUUUCUGCAGUGCACAAGGAAACCAAGCAGUUCUUCACUUUGUACAAUACCCUGGAUGACAAAAAGGUCUACCUGGAAAAGGAGAUUAGCCUGCUGAACUCAAUUCAUGAGAACUUCUCACAAGCCAUGGCCUCCCCUGCUGCCCGGGACCAGUUUUUAAGGCAGAUGGAGCAGAUCGUCGAAGGCAUCAAACAAAGCAGGAUGAAGAUGGAAAAGAAGAAGCAGGAGAACAAGAUGAGAAGGGACCAGUUGAACGAUCAGUACUUGGAGCUCCUGGAGAAGCAGAGGCUCUACUUCAAGACUGUGAAAGAGUUCAAAGAGGAGGGCCGAAAGAAUGAGCUAUUACUGUCCAAGAUCAAAGCCAAGGCCUCCUGAAAAAUCCAUCUCCAUUUUUGUAUGUCACUGAUAUUUUUUUAAUGACGUGUAUAGACUAUGGGAUCUUGACAUGGUUCUGCAGAUGAUGGCAGAGAGAUCCAGGAAGAUUCAUUUCAAUUCUCCAGACGGACGUUUUCUUUCUCCUGCUUGUUUCAUUUCGUCUCUCCUGGCUGCGGCUGAUGGACUCAGAGUAUCACCAUGUGUUGGUGACACACAGAACCUUAUAAAGACCCGCGGGCAGUGCCCACUCACUCUGUCCAUCCAAACUCCUAUUCCCUCAGUGACUGCGUUUAUGAAGGUACCGGAAUGUGUGCGGGUCCUGAGAAUAAAGAGCAUUAUGUUCAGCGAGUAUUGAGCAACUGCCAAGAAAUAGGCCCUGAGGUAAAUGUAGCUGAACACUGUCCCUGCCCUUCUGGCAUCUAGCAGGGGCACAGAGAGCAGAUACAACCCUCUUGCCCGCCAUCCCAAAGUUAGUCCCCUGAAAGGUUUCAGAAGGCUGCGGGGCGAGCAGCCAGCCCACUCACUACCGUUGUGCCUUUUGUUCUGGCUUGUCACAGUACGUAAGGACUUUAGGCUGGACUGGUGUGCAGAGCAAUUAGCCCAGAGGUGUAAAGACAGAAGCAGGGAGGUUCAGGUUUUCUACAGUCCACCCAUAUGUGUUGUGAAGACUGACACCAGUGCCCAUGCUGGGCUUUGGAAACAGGAACCCUUGGUCUGGAGUCUGGCUUCUAUAGCAUCUGCUCUGCUGUGGCAGUCAGUGUGCCCUGCCCACAGGCUGCAUGUGGUCACGGACAGCCAUGAGGGUAGCUCUCUUAACCCUGCACACAGCCCAGGCUCACGUGAGGGAAAUGUACUUUUCAUUGAGGACACUUCAACCAGAGUUGAAGCUCACCAUACCCAGAUGGGCAUAUCCUUGUUGGAAGCAAAUCCCAUGUUCUUGCACUGCCGGGGUCUCAGUGAAGAUUAAGAUAUAUCCACUGUUGGGUACUAUCAGGUCAGACAAGGAGAAAGAGAAGGGUGCUGUGCAUGGAGGACAAGAAGUUGGUCCUCAGGGGCGUGACAACUCCAUGGAACAAACAGCACUUGGGCCAGAGCUGAAAGGAGUAGGAUGUUGGCUGAGGUGGGAAGGAGGGCCUCUAAUAGCCCCUAAAGGGCUGGCUUGAGCCUCUGAAAAUGAGCAGACCAAAGCAAUCACAGAGCACCCCGAACCCACAGUUAUCAGGAACCUAGCAACUGGUAAACCCCAGUGUGGGGUUUGUGCUCCCCUCUGCAUAAACUUGACAUACACGUGAACUGAACAGCAUGUUGGGACCAUUACACAGAAGCAGGUGGGACAUUGGGCAGUCACAGAAGCACUUCUCAAUUUUAGUUUCCUAAUGUAUGAUUGUGAAGCAUGCAUACUGAUAAGAAAGAAGAGGUGCUGGGGCUCAGUGGGUAGAGCGCUUGCCCAGGUUCCGUCCCUAACAUCACAUGAAUAGACGUGGUGGCACACGCUUGUGAUAAAGGCAGGAGGAUCAGGACACCGAGCGAAUCCUAGGCUAGACAGCAAACUGGAACCCAGCCUUGCCCACAUAAAACUGCCUCCCACCACAAAAGAAAAGCUGAUGCAGGCAUAAUAAUAUCAUCAGUUGCUAAGCCAGGGCCACAGAGCUGUGGUGAGCUGGGUGGGGACAGCAGCACCUAACGCGCCACUGUGCUGUGCCAGCGCACUCGUAGUGUGCCCUGUGUGCCAGCGCACUCGUAGUGUGCCCUGUGUGCCAGCGCACUUGUAGUGUGCCCUGUGUGCACUUUACCUCCACAGGGACCUGCAUGGUCACGGGAGCACUGGGAAAAGGCUUGGCUGAGAUAAGUACUGUAAACUAAGAAGAAUGUUAAUAAAAAUAAACUAGUUCUUUGAGGGAGAAGACAACUGUGUUAGGACUAUUCCAGUUCAGAGGAGAGGAUCAUCUGCGUGUGUUAUCUUGAGAAGAACUUUGCCUAAUAGUGUUUGGACAGAGGUGUAGGGAGGGAAGCGGGAGCAGGUCAGGUUCAGGGUCAGUGGAGUCCACCUAUCUGUGUCUGGGAAAGGUAUGGGAUAACUGACCUCAAGCAACUCUAACUGGCUUUGGAGUGCUUUUUCUAGAGAGUGUCUUUGCUGUGGUUGUAGGCAUGAUCAACUAGAGGCUUCCUGUAGCCGAGGAGAACUGUGAGUGUGGCCCAGCACGAAAUUGUAAAGUAAUUUAGAACACAGAUAAUUCUCCAUCUCUUUUUUUUUUAACUCUAUUACACUGUGCACUCUGUAAACUCUAUAGAUGGCAGUGUCGUAUUGUAAAAGCAGAAGGCUGAUCACUCCUGGUAGAGAGGGAUUGGGCUGGUAACUCUUGCUAGAGAGAGGUUGCUGGAUACUUUGUCCUGUUCCUUACUCCACAGGGCUUAGUAGAGACGAUGAGAGGUUCCUGUUACUCGUUCUUCAGUAGUACCAGGUACGACUUCCCUCCUGAGGGCAGGCAACAGAUCUUAACAGAACACAGGUGGUUGGCCUAUGACUCCAAUGCUUUUGUCUUGGAGUUGGUAUUCCAGUCUGCAGGUCCAUAGCUGGGUAAGACUGUUGCUGACCCUAUCACUCCAGCUGUCUGUGUAGCAACAUCUGACACUGUGAAAGCUAGCUAGCCAACAGAGGAGAGGCUUCAAGCUCAGAUCUGGCUUGAUUUCUCUGUCUUACAUUCAAAAUGUGUGGUAUCUAAAGCAGUAAUGUCUGGCUGGGGUACGUGGCAAUGAGCAGUGACUAACCUGUAUUGUUUUAGAGCCUUAUGGGUUGGCCAUAUUAUUCUCUGAAGUAAACCACAGAAGCCAGCCCUAAGAACUCUACAUUUGCAUCAGACAUCCUGAAACACAGACAGCCCCUUCAUGGGUAAUUCCAGCAUGAAGCGGGCUGCACAGUCUGACGUUAUUAUUGGCUGAGGAGAUUCCCUGAGACCCCUGGUCAUUUCAGAAUCCAUCUGGAGGCCGGUAGAAGGGAGGGGCCUCCCAGGGCAGUGUCUUCUGUACCUAGACACAGUAUAGCAUUGUGUUCAGAGCCUACUGGCUUUUACCAGAAUUGUAAGAUGGUGGGGAAACAUCUGUAGGUGACGCUUUUUUCCGGUGUGUACUUUAAGAGACCCCAGAUUCCGAGCAGAGAGCUUGUUCACAGGAGCCAUGCAUUGUUAGGACCAGCACCUAGGUCAGCUACCUUCCCUCCCUCGGGCUUUCCAAGAAGUUCCUGAGGAUACUCUGGAUGAGACCAGGCUUAGAGCAGCUGUGAGCCGGGUGAGACAGGUGAUGGUGGAAGGUCUGGGAGGAGGGAGGGACAUCCUGCUCUCCUCCAUGUUCAGUGGUUAGUCAGCCCGCACCACAGGGGCAGUGGUGGGUACUAUAGAAUAUCUGCCAACCCGCAGCAAAGAUGCCUCUGUAAUGAAGCAGAGUCCACGUUGGGCAUAAGCUCCUGUCAGUCUGGUCUUCUGGGUCAUAGUCUGGUUCGUAGCACUUGCUUCAAGAACAGCGGCUUGUGGUGGACCGAAACUGGCAUUGGUCAGCAGGAAAGGCUUUCCUUCUCCAGGCUGUUUCUGGGGGAGCUCUCAGGGCCUUGAACACAGCACAGGGCAGGCCUUCCAACAGCUCUCUUACUUCCUCCCAAGGUGCCAUUCCUAUCCUCGUCACUUUGGCAGACUCUUGUCUUUUCUAUCUUGAAUACGCUAGACACUACCUGAAGGGGUAUCUGAGACUCCCAGCCUGACCUGCAACCUCUAGAUGCAUCCCCCUGCCUCCACCAUGGUUCUGUCUUGCCUGCUCUCCGGGUGAUGGAUGGUCAGUUUAAAGGAUCUGGGCAUCUUAGCAAUAACUUCCUACGGGGACUUUGGCUUGUGAAGGUCCAGGCAGUUGAGCUGAAUUAUGCUCUGAGAAGUACCGUAAGGAGGUGUUUUAUGAUGUGUUCAUUGCCAGGGUUGAUCGCCAAGACAAAGAAGACCUUAAUACAGAGCAGUACAGCGAAGAGCCCAGUAACAUGGGUGGUGGUGUCUGUUGCAGCUGAGCAUGGCUAGAGGAAGAGCCUUCUGAAAUGCGUCUCAGAGUUUCCCAUGCUCUUCCUUCUAGCAGCAGGUGGCGGUGGGCCCCAGUGGUGUGUGAAAGAUAACGGAGGGCCAGGAGAAGUCUCAGUUGGUAAGGCAUGAGGACCCGAGGUAGGAUCCCCAGCAGCCUAGCCACGCAUAGCAGUGUGCUCUUGCAUUCCCAGCCUAGAGAGACGGAGACGAAGGAUCCCCGCAGCACACUGACCAGCCAGACUAGCUUCAGGUCAGUGAGAAAACCUGUCUCAUGAAUUAGGUGGAGAGCAAUGACAGUGGCAUCCGAGUGACCUCUGACCUUCACAUGCACAGGCACAUACAUAUACACACAUCCCCACACACAUAAAGGAACAUGCAUAUACACACACACACACACAAAAUAAUGCAUGUUUUCCUUCUCAGAAUAACUUUGUUUAAGAUCAUGAGCAGGGCGUACGUGCCUUGUCGGGUCGGCAGUGCGUUUGACACCAGGGGAGUCGCUGCUUCUGUGUCCUCCUCCUGUGUCCUCAUCGGCCUACAUCAAUUUCCCAGAUGGUCAAGCUCGCCUCAUUGAUAUUCUCCUCAUGCCUUGCGUCUGUCCUCCUGUCGUAUCACAGUCCACUCGUCACAUUCCUGUUGUCUGUCUGUCCUAAUGACAAUGUGGCAAGGAAGGCACAUUAAGGUCAAAUAGGAUCAUUAGUGUGUUCUUCCUUCAGACGUGUAGAUGGGUCUUAGCCAUGGGUGGUGCUGUAGAGCUGUGGGCAGCAGCGCACCGUGCAGUAAAUGGCAGAGCCACAAGCCUGCAGCCUCCUUGAGGACCAUCGAAUCGCAUCACGAACCCAAUCGUACCGCCUUUCGAACCAGCAGUGCCACGUAUAGGAACUUUUCUUAUGUACAGAAACUUUUAUCAAAGCGACGUUUGCAAUAACAAAAGGUUAGAAACUACCAUUAAUUCGGAACAGAGAUGAGAAACCAUAGCCCAGGUCUGCAAUGAGGCGCUUUGCAGACUUAAAAGAAUAGAUCUGCUCUGUGUAUUGCCAAGGAACUUUCAAGGGAUCUUGGAGCCACAUGGUUAAGUGGGGGAAGAAAACAUGCAUGAACAUGCAUGAAAUGCUAGUGUUUGGAAUAGAGAUAAAUACAUGUAGGUGUGUGGACACAUAUGUGUGUGUGCACACAUAGCCUGUGAUACGGCUGCUUGCCUGUUCCCAGACUGUCUCUGAGAAGUGACACGGGAGCCGGCAGCCUCCAUUGCCACUUGGAAGAGGGUAGAAAUGACUUCUCACCGUUUGCCUUUGUACUCCGGAAUUUUGUACCAUGUACAUGCAUUAUCUACUCAAAAAAAAAAAUAAAUAGUUUUUGAAGUUUAA